AACUGCACAGUAACCAACAUUGGAUACAGCAACACACCCUCAAUCCGAAAAAGUGUUUCUUCGGUAUAUGAUAAGUUCAUUGUAAAGUGAUAAAAACGAAAAACCAACGAAAAUUACAAUCUACUGUACUUCCAGCGAGAGWUACUUCUUCCAUACUGAGGCACGGGAUUAUUGUUUGUUUGUGAUCGCAUUGGUCCAUUUGAUCUGAUCUGAAUUGUUUGGAUCGAAUUGAAUUUAUUCGAAUUCAAUUGAUAUAGAGACAGAACAGGCUGAGAAAGGCACAAGACUGGCAAACUGGCUCCGAAGAAAGGUGGUAGCUCCGACCAAAACCAAAAAAUGAACCGUGAAGUGUCACACUACGUUGUGACUGCCCAUCCUCCUAACGGAGUGCUGCACACCGUCAAGUGCAAUUUCUUGGCUGAAACCUCGGAGGUAAGCAAACAAAAUACGAGUCUUCCUUUGUUUCUUAAUUUAAUACAUUGCAAUGUACUGCACCAUUUUGCACGGCGUCAUUUAUCUCAUGAAUUGGAUCGAUCUUUUCAAAAUGUAUCUAGGAUGUUAUCAUUGGCAAGUCCCGUUCCUUGGAGGUUCGGCAGCUUCGAAAGUCGAUCAAGUCGAAUGUUGCAGAAGCCAUGGUUGGUAGCAACAAUAGCGCUUCUUCCUUCCCGAUAAUGCUGACCGUCCCAAUAAAUGGACGGAUCACCUCCUUGACGGCGAUACAAUUGGAUUCCAAACCGACGUCUUUAUUAUUUGUCACCACAGAUCAACACCAGUAUGCUGUAAUCGGAUACGAUCCCCAUCUGACACCCUAUUUCGUUCGCACGUACGCCUCGGGAUCCCUUAAGGACGAAUGGAACCAGCUUGGUCAACAGUCUGAGUGCGGACCCCUGGUCACGAUCGAUCCUUAUUCCAGAUGCAUCAUCCUUCACGUUUAUGAUGGUCUUGUAACCGUUUUUCCCAUUCGAAACACUACGGUCACAGCAGCAGGGGGAGGAAGGGCUGGGCGGGACGAAAAGUUUCUGGGACCAGUUUUUCAUGCGCGUCUUGAGGAACGCACCGUCUUGUCCAUGGCGGUGUUGCACCAUGCGGAUCCGAUCGAAACCCCACCCCAUCUGUGCAUCUUGCAUCAAGAUUCGAGGGGCAAUCAGCACAUCACGACCCACGUUGUCGACUUGCACAAUUCACAGGUUUUAAACCAGGCAUCCCACUCGCUAAUGGCUCAGCAGCAGGAGCAACGCCAGUCAUCAUCUUCAGCGUUACAGCCAUCCAAAUCUCCACGCAACAACAAGAGAAUGGGCAUCCCUGCCAACGCAUGCGAAUGGCUGAAAAAAUCACGGCUCGACGGUGGAUCCUCGCUUUUGAUCCCAGUCCCACCGCGACAGGCCAUAGCUGCAACGGCAGCCAGUGCCGCGGCUUUGGGUGCCGGAAACAACCGGAACAAGACCAAUGCGGCAUCUGGCGGGGUAGUGGUUCUAGGACAGCGGCAGAUUACGUAUUGCGCGAGAAACCACUAUAAAGUUUUGCCAAUCCCACCUGCCCUGAUUCUCAGCUGGGACACACUGCCUCCUGACGCUAGUGGAAUGCCUCGAUUCCUGUUGGGGGACGAAUACGGCAAUAUGCAUAUGUUAACUCUCAUAACCGCUGGGGCCGCAGCUGCUGCGAAGGGUAUUAUUAACACUGGAAGCAAUGAGAACAGUAAUAAGAUCGUAGCUUUGCAGCUGGACACACUUGGAUCGUGCACGCUGACAAAUUGCUUGCAGUACUUGGACCAUGGUCUAGUCUUUUGCGGAAGCACAUUAGGGGACUCACAAUUGAUUCAAAUUCACGAUACGCCUAUCCCAGUUGAGGAUGAAGAAAGUAUGAUUACCGAUGCCGAUGACACCAGGCCUUCGGAGCUGGGAAACACUACAUUUUUGAGUGCAGUUGAAGAUUAUACGCACUUGGGUCCUAUUGUCGACUUUGACCUAGUCCCCAUGGCCGGAAGUGGAGGAGGUUCUUCGGGUAAUUUUAAUAACUCAACCUCAAUGCACGGGCAAGUGGGUCAGUCCCAGGUCGUCACGGCUUCAGGGUCAUGCAAGUCAGGUUCGCUGCGAGUGAUUCGCAAUGGCAUCGGCAUGAAGGAAUACGCGAAUGUGGAAUUGUCAGGUAUUCAAAGCAUGUGGAAUUUGCGAGGGUCUUUUGGAGAUGAUCAAGACACGUACUUGGUUCAAUCGUUUGUGGGGGAGACGCGCGUUUUAGGGGUUGUUUCGAACGAUGAAGAUCCCGAAUUCGACGACGAUGGCAUGAUGGAUACUACUGACGACGAAAAGUUGGGCGAUGCUAACGGGAUAGAGAAAAUGCAAGACGACGACGAAUACGACGACGAAGUAGGUGGCACACUAGCAGAAGUUGUCUUACCGGGAUUGGAUUCCAAUGCAUCGACUCUUCAUGUCAGCAACAUUGUUGGAAACUUCUUUUUGCAGGUCACCGAUACUCAGAUUCGAUUGGUGUCAUCAGAUGGCGAAGUUUUGGAUACUUUUCAGCCUGAAUUAAAUAUUACCGUAGCUGCAGGAAACGAAUCAGGCCAAACUUUGAUUGCUCUUGCGGGCGGAAAAGUUUUAUAUUUCGAGGUGAAAGAAAGCAAAUUAAUCCUACGUUCUUCGAAGCAAAUGGACAGGGAAGUUAGCUGCUUAAAUAUCAAUCCUUUUUUGCCAAAAGACACAACCCCGGGAUCCAUGGAUAUUUCGGUUGGCCACGAGAAGAAAACGAGUUCAAUUUGUAGUCGACAUGCUCAUCCCGCGACAAUAUGUGCGGUCGGCCUUUGGGACGAUUUCACUGUUCGUCUUCUGGCGCUCGGAGACGAUGCUUUGAUCGAAGUUUUACAGAUUCAUUUGAGUAAUGAGGACGAGAUAGGAGAUAUGACCGAGGGUAACGUACAGGGCAAACGACGCAAUCGYAACAAUAUGAUGGCCAGAUCACUAUGUUUGAUAACUUUGGACUUUUCUUCAAGUGGAUCAACUUCUCCGUCGUCGCAUACCGGUAGUGCAUCAUCAUCGAAUAUUGGCUCCGCUCAAGGGGUAAAUAUGCUUCUAGUAGGAUUGGGGGAUGGUACUUUGGUUUCGUUUGCAGUCAUUGAGGACGGUCGUGUUCGAGUUCAAUCAAAGAAAGAAGUGAGCUUAGGCACCCAACGUAUCAAUCUCAUCCCCCUUCAAAAUGAGCGAGGUGGAAACUGUGUUCUUGCUACUGGUGACAGGCCGACAGUGAUUUAUCUUGCAGGUAUGGGUGGGGUCUCCGAAAGAGCAAACUAUAACCCAAAAUUGUGCUAUUCUAAUGUAAAUCUUAGCCCCGUCGACGAAGGAGAGUCCAGUGACAUGAAUAGACCUCAUGCUCAUGAAUCAAUUGCUGUCAACGUCGCAGCUCCAUUCUCGAGCCCUUUACUUUUUGAUGACACCGGCAACGAACAUUACAGCCUGAGCAUAGCUGACGAUUCCAAUCUCCGAAUGGGCGUCAUCGAUGAUAUCCAAAAGCUUCACGUCACAACCUAUCGAUUAGGAAUGUCACCUCGCCGAAUUGUGCGUUGCCCCGAAGGAAGAAUGUUUGCGGUUGGUUGCAUCGAAUCUGGAAUUAAGGAAUUAGGCAUUGAAGGUGGACAAAUGACAAUGGGGAACUGUAUAAGAUUUUUGGAUGAUUCAACAUUUGACGAUAUCCAUCGGAUCGAUCUGGAACCAACGGAAAUGGUUCUAUCCAUGGUUUCGGCUUCCCUUCACAUUCAUCAGCCCUCUCUCGGAAAUAUGUCACCAUUAGGAAGUGCUGGAAAAACAGAAUCUWGCGAUGGAUCGUCKUUUCAACUAAAAUCAUAUUUGGUAGUAGGCACUGCAUACGUGCUUCAUGACGAAGACGAGCCAACGAAGGGGCGUAUUUUGAUUUAUUCUUGCAACGCCGAAGACAUCCCAGUAGAAGACUCGACAAAUCGAUCAGUAAGACUGAUCUCUGAGGCUCAGGUUCGAGGAGGUGUUUACUCAAUUAGUCAAUUUUAUGAUGGAACAUUUUUAGCUGCGGUCAACUCAAAGACACAGAUCUAUAAAAUGGUCAGCGACGGAAUUGGUGUAGUCAAACUGAACCCAGUGGGAGUUGGUCACCACGGACAAAUUCUUAGUUUGUUUGUKUCCAGCCGGGCUCCGAAGGGAUCGGCCAAUUCUCCGCUAGCUUCAGACGAGGUUUCAAUAGAAAAGGGCAGCAAUUAUCAAAAAGAAAAGUUGGCGAUUGUUGGGGAUUUGAUGCGCUCAAUCUCUCUCGUCCAGUACUAUCCCCAGUAUGAAACACUGGAGGAGGUAGCCCGAGAUUUUAAUGCUAACUGGACAUCUGCUGUUACAAUGUUGACUGACGAUGUCUACCUUGGAAGUGAAAAUUGGAAUAAUUUGUUUGUUUUGCGCCGGAAUACAAAGGCACAAAGCGAGGAAGCGCGCUGCCGGUUAGAUACAAUUGGUGAAUUCCAUCUUGGAGAAAUGUGCAACAAGUUUAUGAGAGGUAGUCUUGUGAUGCCUAACAGCUCUACCGACAUGUCCAAGGCUAAUAGUGGUCGGAGUCGUCGUCGGGCUUUAGCAUCGCCGAAGAAGACUUUGAAAGAUAAUCAUAAAGGUUCUUCUUCUGGGAUACGCCCAAAGCGGCCUGCAGUGGCGAUUGGYAGCCAAACCCUUUUUGGCACCGUUGAUGGAACUCUUGGCGUGAUUCUUGGAUUGGAUAAUGCGACUGCAUCGUUCUUUUCAUGUUUGGAAAAAUCAAUGGAACGCGUCAUCAUGCCAAUAGGAAACUUUAGUCACCAUCAAUUUCGAGCUUUCAAAGCGGAACAGCGACAGCAUCCUCGCCAUGGUUUUGUCGACGGCGACCUCGUGGAAUCGUUCCUUGAUUUUGAUUUGAGCACAAUGGAAAAGGUUGUGCAGCAAAUGAACAAGGAUGGCUCCUGGACAAGUUCAAACUCGAGAACACACAUUUCGGGAAACAGUGGCGAUGAUGGAAUUGAUGAUGACGAUAAUGAAAAUCCACAACUUUGCGUCGACGAUGUCUUGGCUGUCAUAGAAGAAAUGGCGAUGCUUCAUUAAAUAUUGUAUCUGACGUCAUCAGGAUUCUGAUAUUAUGUAGCAACGAUAACAUCACCCUUUAUACCACUGGAUCGAGAAUUACUUUAACCAUUGGGUUCUGCUGAAGUUUUCCGCAGUCUGUUGUGUAUCUUCUCGUCAUUUCUGACUGAAAAGAUCGAAUUUUUCCUAAUCACUAGUUCAAAUUAUU